AUGUUCCCGGACGAUGAUGACGUGGCUGAUGACAGGGACGGGCGAGAUCAGACGAGUAACACAGACGGUGGCGAAAAUCGUGCUCUUUUCGCGGAAGUGACACGGCGGGCGCUAGGGGCCGAAAACAGUCUAGGAGACGAAAAAGCGGCUGAAGGAGGGCGAAACGCAAUAUCAUUAGGAACGGAAAGCGCUUUUGCGGAGCGGAACGCACAGACAAGUCCAGACAGGUCGGAUAUACCGAUGCUACACAGAAACGAUGUUUCUUUUAGAGGAGCCGAAGCGCCUAGAGAGGCUAUUCAUGGUUCGCUGAGGCGGCGCGAGGGGCGAGCGACGCGGGGAGCAAGGAGGGCGCGGAGCCUUCCGCCGAACUGCAGCAGCCUGCUUGCGGAGGAGGAAGGGGACUCCGCGGAGUCCGCGCGGGCGGCGGAAAUCAUCGCCGCAGGGGGAUUGGCGCGAAGGGGGGAAGGCGGAGGAGCAGCCAGCGGGAUCAGUCCGCGCACUUGCCGGUCGCAGAGUCCGCGUGGGAGGCGGAAAGGUGGAAGGUCUGGCGGCGGCUAUGCGACGAAUUUCGGCGACGAAAACGACUCCUCUGCGACUGUGGGACGAAGCUGGUGGACGACCGAUGGCGCCCCCGCGGCGGAUGCGGCGUCAAUCACGGCGAGCGACGCGGACAGCGGCGUGUCUUCCGUGCGUCUUCGCAAUCAACACGACGGCGCGAGAUCUCCGUGGGAAGGUGGCGCGGGGCGUGCGCUAGUGGACGUGGAACGUCGGCAAUCGCGGAGUUUGGACGGCAGCGGACGGCUGCGCGAUGCGGCGGCCGGCAGGACGGCAGGCGGAGACGGCAACUCCGGUUGGUCGGCAGCAUUUGCGAGACGGCCGCCGGCGGCUGUAGCUACUGUAGAAUCCGAAGCGGCGCUUCAGGAGAGAGCGGCGGCGACGAGAGCGGAGAAGGGCGCAACUGGCGGGGCCGGCGCAAUUGCGCGGGAGGGCGCAAGCGCGGGGAACGUCGCAAGUGCGGGGAACGGCGCAAGUGCGAUAACAAGAGAUGCGGGCGCGGACGUGUCGGGUGACGUGGCAGCAAGUGUGCAAGCGGAGCGAGCUGAAGAGGAAGGGCGGACAGAGCAGGCGGGCAACGCGGAAUGCGGCGAGGGAGGGGAAGGCGGUGGCGGAGAGCACGCAGCGGAGCCCCGCUGGAGAGAUGUCAGACAGGGAAUAGGGGGGUGCGGAAAGGUGUUAGGCGCAAGGGGGCUUGAGGGGAACACUUUGUGUGGCGGAGGAUCGAGGGCGCCGAGAGAUUGGGAGGCGAGCGAGACAUGCAGUAUGGUGGAACUUUGGAACCCGUUUUAUAACGACGAUGUUAUUAGCAUCAAAUGCAGCAGCAGCAGCAGCAGUGGCAGUGAUUCGGGUGCGGGUAGUGGUGACGAUAAUGAGAGGAAGGGGAGGGGCAAGAGGGAGAAGAGGGGUAAGAGAGGGAAGAGGGGAAGGAAGGCACGCAGUGGUAAUGCUGCUGCUGCUACUGGUGAUGGUGCUGUUGCUGCAGCAGCUGCUGAGCAGCCUGAAGCCCAACCGCAUGCGGCAUCACAGGACUACUUCCCAUUCGACGGGUUCUUCCAACCCCGAUUCGACCAGCUCUCCUCCACCGACUCGUCCUGCUCCCCUGACCUCGUGUUCUCCUUCCAUCCCCCCCACCCCACCGCACACUCCCUCCCCUGCUCACCCCUCGAUCCCUCCUCUCUCCUGGACUGCACGCCGUCCCUCGGUGCUCCUCCGCCCUUCCUCACUCUCUCGUCGGAGGAAAGAGGGAGUGGUGGUGAGGGUGAGGGGAUAACAGGGGGCCUGUCCGCUAUAGAGGAGGGUACGGAGGGCUCUGAGGCGGGUGCAGCUGCAUCUGGUGCUACAGUUGCUGCGGAUACUGGUAACUCUGCUGUAACUCGCAGCACCCUUGCUGCUACUGCUGCUGCACGGGAAGAUGAAGGCGCUGCUGCUGCUGCUGCUGCCGGAAGCGGCAGCGACAGUGACUCGUUUUUUAGCGACCCAUUUCACCGAGGAGUGAGGCUGGACGAUGUGCUCCGGCAAUGGGACCUGAGCGCGGCUAUUCAUGACGACGCGCAGAGUAAUGAAAAUGAACCAAGUAAGGUUGCAGCCAUGUGCACAGGCACAGCUACUGGAACCAAUCAAGACGAGCCCGUUGGGUCCGGUAUGACUGUUGCCAAGAGCGGCCCUUCCACUGACUCUCCUGCUCGCCUCCCCAAGCCCUCCCCUUCGCCGGCUAUCAAUACCAAGACAAACAACCCCAGCAACAUGCCGCCUGCUGCCACGAUCGCUACCACCAGCACCGGCACUACCACUGCCACCACCACUGCCGCCACCACCACCACCACUAGCAUCAACCCGCGCCGUCGCCUCACCUCAACUGUGAUCCGGGGAGCCAAUCAUAAGCACUCCCACUCCCAACCGCCUUACUCCUCCUCUCCCUCCUCCACUGUUAUCGACUCCUCCCUGUCACCCGCUGCCACCCCUCCCCGGACCAUCCUCGGCCGAUCCGCAUCACUGGGCUCGGCCGGAGGUUCGGCGCGGCUGGGAAGUGCGACCAGGAAAGGUGGGGAAGGCAUGCGUCAGAUUGAAAAUAGAGGCAGCGUGCUACAAGAUGUGCAGGAGCAGCAGCAACUGCAGCCGCAGCAGGAGAAGCAGCAGAUCCAGAAGGAGCAGAAGGACGGACGGCAGGAAAGGCUAGCGGACGUGGAGAUAGUCAAGCCUGCUGCCAAGAACAUGCAGAAGAAGACAGAAAAGGAGCUGCCUAGGAAACGCCGCCGGAAUGGGGAGCGAGAAGAAGAGGAAAAGGUGAAGGGCGCGAGGAGGCGCAGGAAGGAGUUUAUGCGCCCCCUGGGAGUGAAGAGGAAGGGUGUGAGGGUGGUGGUAGGGCCCCGACGGCUGGAGCUGCUCAAGAAAUGGCUAUUGGAUGUUAUUGCAGAUGCACAGGGGAAAACUGCAGUGGUGCUGGGAGGAGCUAUGGGGCACUACAAAACCGCGGAUGACAUCAAGGAGGAAAGCUCUAUUUAUGACAUGAUCGAUGUGGACAAACAAGGCCGACCACUUAUCACAGUCGUGCUGCCGGAUCAAGGCCCGCAUGACGUCACCAGUCAAGGCCUGCUGGUGCUGGCGGCGCCAAAUCCCCUCCUGCCUGCCGUGCUGCGCUGGCUGCAGCAGCAGGGGUGGGUGCAGUGGGUCGCCCCUCGGCCCCGCUCUCGCCUGCACAACCGGUGGGCCUCUGCUGUCACUCAAAGCGGCUCUUCUGUUAGCCUAGACGAUGACCCAGGGUUUAGAUCCCCAGGGUCAGGCAGCGGAGGAGAUGGUAGUGAGCAGCAGAGGAGUGAGUUUGGGGUGGCACGGCCCCUUUGGAGUGCUGGAAUCACGGGGGUCGGGCAGAUCGUGGGAAUUGGUGACAGCGGCAUUGACAUGCAGAGCUGCUUCUUCCGGGACGAGGACGUCCCUCUACCGGGCGCCAAUCACCGCAAGGUGGUGCACUGCUUCUUCCAAGACGAAGCAGUGCCCCUAUCAGGCCCCAUGCACCGCAAGGUGGUGCAGUACCGGGUGGUCAACGGGGACACGGUGGACGAGGUGGGGCACGGCACCCACGUGGCCGGCUCUGCUUUCACUCACGCUAGCCUCCCUUCCUCUCACGUGCCCCUCGCCCCUUCUAGUUUUGAGGCGCUCGUGGUUACCCGCCAGCUUUUCUCCACCCCUUCUUCAAAUCAGCUGCUCGCUGGAAUCUGCUUCUUCCGGGACGAUGCCGUCCCUCUGCCAGGCCCGAAUCACCGCAAGGUGGUGCAGUACCGGGUGGUGAACGGCGACACAGUGGACGAGCUGGGGCACGGCACCCACGUGGCCGGCUCCGUGGCAGGGGCCUGCUCGCAGAAACAGCAAGCACAGCAACCGCAGCAGGGGCAGCAGGGGGCGAAGGGGCCAGAGAACGUGGAUCUGUACCCUGGCAUGGCGCCUGAUGCACGCAUUGCCUUCACUGACAUGGGCGAGGGCGAUGUGGGUUACAUCAUGCCGCCUGGUGACCUGGGCAGUGGGUACUAUGGGCAGGCAAUGAAGGCGGGGGCGUUGAUCCACUCGGACUCGUGGGCGUCAGGAGUGUUUGCAUAUGACUACAUGGCGCAGUCAGUCGACCGCUUCACCUUCAACAACCCUAACUUCCUCCCAGUAGUCGCGGCAGGCAACAUGGGCGCUGUGCACCGAGACGCAGUCUCCAUCUCAUCGCCUGCUCUCGCCAAGAACUGUCUCACAGUAGGCGCAACCCUCGGCAGUGUCGGCUCCGCCCCGCCCCUCCUCGCCACGCCCUUCAACCUCUCCCUCCUCGCGCCCUCCCCCUCCCUCCUCCCCUCCGACCGCGCCUGGUACCCUCUCCUCUCACACGCCUUUGGCGCCACCUUCCAGUCGGGCCUAUGGGAGGUGGGGGUGCCAUGGGGGCUGGUGAGGGGCGAGCCAAGGGAUGGGUGCAGAGCAGUGCGGGGCGGUAGUGGGAGCGCGGGAGGGAGUGUGGCUGGGUUGAUUGUGCUGCUUGAUGCGGGAAACUGCCUCUUUGCGGAUAAGUUCAGGAACGCGCAGGCAGCAGGUGCAGCAGCAGCAGUGAUUGUGGCUAAUGACACGCUCGGCUACUUCCCCAUGGCUGCUCCCUUUGGCGCUGACCCCAGCAUCACCAUCCCAGGUGGUUCUGUGCCACAAGCUGUGGGCGCCAUUAUAGAUGCGGCUCUCAGGAGGGGCCAGCCUGUGCAGGUGUCCAUCUCGCCCCUGGCAGUGUCGCUCGCCUUCCGCCCCGAUAGCAUGGCGCGCUUCUCCUCAUGGGGUCCCACGCCUGAUGGCCGCAUUAAGCCUGACAUCUCUGCUCCAGGUAAUGAGGCUGGUACUGCUUAUGUGCUAUGCCCAUCAGCCGCCGCUCUGCUCCACUCUGCUCCGCUCUGCUCCCCUCUGCUCCCCUCUGCUCCGCUCUGCUCUGCUCUGCUCCCCUCUGCUCCCCUCUGCUCCCCUCUGCUCCCCUUUGCUCCGCUCUGCUCAACUCUGCUCCGCUCUGCUCUACUCUGCUCUUGUCAACCAUUCUUCCCCGCUAUCCAGAGAUGCACCUCAAUGGCCACGCCCAUCACUGCUGGCUCGGCUGCUCUGCUCAGGCAAUACUUCAUGGACGGCUUCUACCCCACUGGCCAAAGGGUUCCAGCCAAUGGAUUCGUGCCAAGUGGCAUGCUGCUCAAGGCUACGUUGAUAAAUGGCGCCAUGCCUCUCACCGUUGCAAAUGGUGACCGUUACCCUAUAGACGCACCACCCUCCAUGAACCAGGGCUUUGGCCGUGUGCACCUGGGCAAUGCUGUGCCUAUAGCGGGUACAGCAACCUUCACUACAGUGGCAAUCGAGGGACCUGCUCUGAAGACCGGUAACGGCUACCGUGUUUGCUUGCUGGUUGAUCCUGGGAGGAGUGAUGGUGGAACAGGGAGCGAGGAUGUCAAGAUCACACUCACCUGGUACGACGCACCGGCAGCACUGGUGGCGAAUCAGAACGCGGCGACACCGCUGCUGGUGAACAACCUGGACCUCUCAGUCACCUCCCCCACCGGUCACACCUUCUUCGGGAAUGGGGGGCUGGCGCCUGACGCCCGUAACACUGUGGAGCAGGUGCACAUCACAGCACCGCAACUUGGAGUGUACACGGUGGACGUGAGGGCAGUGCAGGUCAACAUGCCCAUGCCAGGCACGGCACCUGACAGCCUUCCAGACACCGCUUCAGACUCCUCACCAGACAACCCCUCAGGCAGCCCCACAAGCAGGGCACGGCACCCGUUUCCCGCUCUCCAAUCCCUUCUUUCUCAACUCUCAUUCCCCUGCCUAUCUUUCCCUUUUUCGCUCCCUUCCCCGCACCCCCGCCUCCCCCCCAAUCCAGAUGUGCAAGCGGACCCCCCGCCCCCGCCCCUAUCUAGCAACCCCUUCCUCUCCAUUCCGCUCCUCUUCCCCGCCAGCUCCGCCACCACUGUCCUCUGCGGUCUCACUCGGGUCACCACCAUUACCAGCAGCAGUGGCGGCAGCAGCAGCGGCGACGGCAGCAGCAGCAGCGGCGGCGGCAGCAGCAGCAACGCUAUGGCAUCAGCAGCAGUUACCAGCACGGACAGGCAGAUUGAUGUUGAUCCAUCUGGGGGGUCUGCAGUGGUGGAGGAUGAAUGGGUUGGCGGAUGGGGGUUUCAGGAUGCAGAGGCACCGAGUGAAGAAGCAGAGGGUGGGGCGUUGGGCAGUGUGGGAAGAGGAGAAGGAGUGGCAGACGAAUGGGCAGAGCAAGGGGCAGACGCAGGGUCGGCAGGGGAAGCAGGAGAAGCAGGAGAGGAAGGAGGAGCAGGGGUAGCAGCAUUGGGAGGCACAGGGGAAGAAGAGAGCCGUGUGGUGGUGCUGCCAUGGGGGCCGUGCACCUCCCCUGUCACCUUCCCAUCCCUCGAUAGCGGCACCUACGUCUUCUCAGCUCAGCUCCUAGACACCUCCUACACUAACACCCUCAUCAGCCCUCUUUACAGGACCACCUUUGCUAUCGAUCUUGAUGCACCCACCACCACACUUUCCUCUGCUUAUACCCCUGCUACUACCACAACCGCUUCUUUCACCUUCACCUCUCCUUCUGCUGACGUCAGCCACUUCCAAUGCCAGCUCAGCGCCUCGUCGCUCUCGCCUCCCCCCGCCGACCCCAUCACCCCGCAGCCAAUCACGUUCCGCCAAACAACCAGCAUCCCCACCCGCCUGCUCGAGUGGCUGUUUCCCCCCUCUGUAGUCACACGGAGCGAGCAACUUCCUGCCACAAGCCCAGGAGGACAAACCCCUCGUUUAGAUCUCGCACAGGGGACCACCACUAGGGAUAACUGGAUUAACUGCACCAGCCCUGUGACUUACUCUGGCUUCUAUGACGGUCGCUAUGCCUUCUCUGUGAGGGCUGUGGAUCAGGCUGGGAAUGCAGAUCCCGCCCCCCCUAUAGUCACAUGGGCGCUCGAUACUCUCCUGCCGAAAGCAGUGAUUCUAGAAGCGCCGGCGGUGUAUUCGAACCUAGGGAGCGUUCGGUUCGCCUUUGGGCUUGAUGGGGAGGUGGGCUCUGGGCAGGCAGCGGCCUCACAGAUGGGUUUUGAGGCGCUAGAGGCAUUGCUAGUGGUGGAUCCGAACCAGGAAGCAUGGAACCGACACGGCCUCAACAACGCGUCAGCCAGAGCAGCUUUCACCAUCGACAGCACUCGUCCACGUGCGCUGCUGCUCUCCCAACCCCCUAGCAUCCUCAGUCAGCCCCAACCUGUCUUCUCCUUCUUCGCCCCCAAAAUGGUUACCUUCAGCUGCCGACUCACCGCCUCUCCUCCCAUCCCACCCGCUAACCCCUUCCUGUCAUCUCCUUCUGUCACCUCCUCGCUCUCUCCUGCCUCCUUUCCCUCUUCUUCCUCCUCUUCCUCUUCUUCUUCCCCUUCCUCGUCUUCCUCCUCCUCUUCCUCCUCCCCUUCCUCUCCUCCCCUCUCCUCCACCAUUCCCCUCUCGCCAUGUGUCAGCCCCGUGCGCUACAACCUGCCAGAUGGCACGUACACGUGGCAGCUGUCUGCCAUUGAUUGGGCGGGGAACGAAGCAGAACCAUACAUAUUGAUGGUUGCGGCGAGAGACAGAGGCGGUAUUGUCAGCACCAGACCUGCUAUGAGCAGUUUCACUGUGGAGGCACCUGUGGUGGUGACAGGUCUCCAGGAAGAAGGAGGAGAAGGAAGCAGCGAAGUCGAUUCUCCUGAUACCGGCACCGAUGGUGGUAGAACCGUCUCACAGACUGCUGCUGCUGCUGCUGCUGCUGCUGCUGCUGAUGAUGAUGAUGAUGAUGAUGAUGAUGAUGAUGAUGCUCGUGGUGUGUCAUUCGUCGCACCCCUUCCACCCGCAUACAGCAGCAACAGCUCUGCCACGGUCCACUUCAUCACUGUACACAGUAACGGAACGUCCUCAAACGAGGACACACUGAAUCAGCAGCCAACAGCUCCUUGUGAAUGUGUCCUGCUUUCCACGCCCCUCCUCUCCUCCGCCACUUAUAAUCAGUCCAUGCCCUCCCAGUCUCCUCCCCCACCACCCCUCCUCGCAUGGCCCUGCAGCAGUCCCAUCGUGCUGCCCUCUCUCCCUGACGGCCAAAACCAGCUCUGGGUGCGGCUGGUGGGGGAGCAACGCAGUGGAGGGACGUGGGCAGCGUUCUCCUGGACCGUUGACACCACCCCACCCUCCACGUCCAUCUCGUGGGCCAAUGGCAGCGUGCCAGGUGUCGUCUCCUCACUGAGCCCCACAAUGCAGCCCCCAUCUCAACUCACAAUAGACAUCACCCUCGCCUCACUCCUCCCGUCCCUGUCAUUCCCCACUCAAUCGCCUCUUUUGAAUCCCCCUCUCGGUGCAUCUCUCUGUGCUGCUCUCCCGGAUGGUGUCUAUGCGCUCAGCGUUCGGGCAGUGGAUGCAGCAGGGAAUGCAGACCCAAACCCGCCCUCGGUGCAGUUUGUUGUUAGUGCGUGGGCGAUAUCCCUGGCUGGGGUGGAAAGCAGAGAGGAGGGAGGGGGUGAAGGGGGGAGUGAGGGAGUGGAGAGUGGUGUUAAUGGUCAUCCUGGCAGUGGCGGCAGUGCAGUUCAUCCUGAUACCACUGCAGGCACAUACACUCCGUCCCGCCCUCUCUCAGCCUCUUUUCCCACUGUUGCCAUUGCAUGUGACGGCCGCUGCGCUGCCAUGCUGCCGGCCCCAUUUGCCUGGGAGCAUGCUCAACAAGGCAGAAGCCUGACCACCGGCAUGACCCAGUCCAGCUCACCAUCAGCAGCACCAUCCCCAUCCCCGUUCCCAUCCCAAUCCCCAUCACCAUCCCCAUCACACUUCCCGUCGUCCCUCCCUUCACCGCCACCUGCGUCCACCACUCUAGAGUCCCUUAUGGCGCCCAGUGCUGCCAGCAGUGGUAGCCUCAAGGUGCUGGUGGCUAGGGGAGGAGAGGUGAGGAGCGGAGAAGCAGAAGAGGUCACUGGAGAAGAAUGGAGAAGGGGGCAAGAAGGCGUGAGGGGAGAAGAGCUGAAAGGACAAUCCGUGGAUGGAGGUGUAGCAGCGGCGCCGAGUCCAGCAGCAGCAGUGGAAGGCACGCCUCUGGUCUUCAACGUGCUCUCUGACGUCGUAUCCUUCACCUUCCCUCCUGCUCCACCUCCUCAGCCCGAAUCUCACCCUCCUGCUGCGGGCACGAGAGUGGGGCCUGCGUCCCUGUCCGCCCCCCGGUCCCGUCUUGCCCUUGCAUCGCCUCUGCUUAUGAUCGGAUUCACCCUCCCAGACCCCUGUGACCCUAGCAACGACAACACUCCAUGUGCUGAUAUGCAAGCGCUGAAGGCUGAACCUGAAUCAACAGUGACCCCUCAGGCAGGAGCUCUAGCACCCACGGCAGCCCCGGUAGCAGCAGCAACACCCAUUCCACCAGCAGCAUCAGCAGCAGCAGCAGCAGCAGUAGUGGUUGUGCAGGGCUUGUCGCUGCAGGAGGUUCUUUCCUCUGCCAUCAAUGCAUCCCUCCCUGCAUCUCCUGCCAUCACCAUACUCUUCCACCCUCACACCACGCCCACACUGCCACCACCUCCAUCACCAUCAGCACCACCACCACCACCACCAUCACCACCGUCAUCACCAUCCUCAUCCCUCCAGCCACAUGGCAAACCCCCAGUGGACGGCUGGCAGCUGCUGGACGCGCGUCUGCUGUGGCAGCAGCAGCACCCCAGCGUUGCCACCUUCUCUGCCCCGCGCCCUGGACUCUACGCGGUGGCUGUGCAAGAAACCAGCAAUCAAGACCCCUCAAGCACCCUCAGCAGCGCCCCUCCAGCCACAGAAUUAAGCUCUCCCGCUGCAUCCAGCAAGGCGUGGGUGAUAGCGCUAGCAGUCUCACUCGGCGUCGGUGCUCUCGUGGUUGCGGUGGGGUUGGCGGUGGUUUCUGUUCGGGUUAGAGGCCAUGCCAAGGUUUCACCGCACCUGCGCAAGUGA